CAUCGUUCUCGGGAACACAGGCGCCCCGCUUGGAUCGGCCUGCAUACUCGAAGCAAUUUACGAGUCCCUCUGAGGCAGAGUCCUGCGUCUGAGACAAACUUGGAAAGUCAGUGUUACGGUCAUAUAAACCAGGCAGUGUUCUGGUCAAAUGCAAAUGGUAAAACUCGAUGCUUCAAGUUUCUCUUUAAUAGGAAAUCAGACUAAAACUGGCCUCCGUUAUCAACAGAGUAUGUAUGGAACCAUGUGGCUCAGCAGCUGGACAGGGAUUCCUAACUAUUCCUUCCCAGAUCCUUGAGUGGUUCUCGGUUGUCAAUCAACUGCGAGAAAGAACUUAGUCUCGCCCCGCCCCUCGCUGUGGAGGGUGCGGACAAAGAGUAAGGGCGGGACCGGGCGGGGCAGGGGGCACGGAAACCAGACGGCGGAGCGGGUUCCUGGAGCUGGUGGACGGACGGCUCCCAGAGUCCCGGCGCCGUGGUGGCUGAGGAAGUCGGCGCGCGGCUUUGUGGCGCGCACGGGUUCCACUGGGUGUCGUGGAGGCACAGCCAACGGGGACACUCUGCCUGGUCGCUGGUGCCUCAUGGCCAGCUCCGCGCGGUCCGGCUUCCCGGGGCGCACCAACAGUCGUCUGGAUGCGUUCCUGCGGCGGCACCUGGCGCCCGAGGUCUACGACGCCGUCCGCGCCUACGAGCCGUGCAUCGUGGUGUCCGACGCCGAGAAGCACACGUUCAAGUACGUUGUGCUCAGCGACCAACUCAUCUACCUGACCGAGAACCCGCCCAAGUCCAUCCGGAGGGUCGUGGCUCUGCGGGACGUCGUGGCCAUCGACCUGAUUGGUGAUUACCCAGAAUUUUUGAGUUCGGCAGAUAGAGAAAUCAACCAGCACAUUCGUAUUGUUUAUUCAACGGUUUUGAAAAAAGAGUGUGAAAAAUCCAAAGGUGUUGGGAAAUUCCUAUUUUCACUUUACCACAGCAAUGCUAACAAAAAAGUCAAGCAAGAUAAUAAUGGACCUAGCUUGUGGAGAAGAAAAGAUUCUAGGAGUCUGGAAAAAUCCUCUCUCAGGCCCCACCAGGAGAACAGCAUGCCGUUCAAGGACUCAACGCCCUGUUCGUCAGACCUCAAGCAGCUGUCCCUUCCUGGCCAAGGUGCCUCUCGGCCUUUGCCUACUCCCUCCAGGAGUUGUCACUCUACAGCAGCUCCCGGCCAGGCUGCCUGCUGGAUGUCUUCUGCAUCAAACACAAAAGAACCCCAGGAGCCUACAAAUCUGAAAGACUCCCCAAGUGACAUUCCUGUCAGGGCUGAUGGGUACCGGAAUGAGGCCUACUCAGGAAAUUCUCUCCCAGUUUCUCCUUUCCACAGCAGCUGCAGCCUAGAGAAGGAGUCAGAACUUCAUCUGUAUGUUAUUUCCGAAACCUCAUCGAUAUUUCUGCACUUGAAGAGUUCAUGGAACAACUACAUUAUAAGAGCUACUCUUUCACAAGAUUCUCCACGUAGCAGUGAACAUGAUCACAUCAUUGAGAAUCCAAAGCCAUACAGAUCCGAGGAGAAAAUUAAGCACUUCAGUCAACUGAAAUCUGAGCUUUUCCUUCAAGACAACACUUUGAGGGAGAUUCUGUGUGUGGUCACAGAACUUAGACUAGCAGCCCAGAGAAAUUUCAUCCUGAAAAGACUUUUCUGGAAAACCAGUGAGCUUUUCUACUUCCUAGUGAAUAAACUUCAUGAGUAUUUGCCAGAGUCUAGGGAUAAGACUACGCUUCAAAAUAAAAGCCAAAGGGCCAACGAGCUGGUGGCGUGUAUUGAAAUUAUACAGACCCUGGGACUGAUGUUCAGGGAAACAGAAAUUGAAUCAUCACGAUUGAGCACACUGGCAGCUAAGAAGGGAACGCUAUUUACUCUCUUAGUAAUCUUAAUCAGCAAGCCUGAGGUUCCUAAGUCUUGCUCCCUGUCUAACGCCCAGCCACCAUCUGAUUCAACUUCAGCCGAAAUGUCUUUUGAUGCUCAGUUACAGAAGCUCCUCCUGGAGUAUACGGAUAAGGCCACAGCCCUGCUCUAUGAGAUUCUUCUUGUCUUUCAGCAGGGAAAUCUUGGAUUGGGAUCCACAAAGUUUGCUAUUAGCUGGAUGAUGUCAUCCCUACAGAGCUGUCCUCCCACGAUGGCUUUUGUGGCCAGUAUUGUGAAGCGGGUGGUGGACGGACUUUCAGCCUCGCUCCAGCUGCUGACUCCCUGCCAAGCGGUUCUGCUGUACCAGCGGCUUUAUAUCCUCAAGAGCUGCCUGCAGUACAGCAGGGCUCUCGCCGAGCAUAUUAGGAACGACCACAGCGAAGAGUUCAGGUACUUCAUUCGAAUGCCAGCCUUGGAGAGGAGGCUCCCUGUAUGGUACCCUAUUACGGAGCCCACCACUCAACUCUGUCAUGAAGUUCUACAAUUAAUUGAACAGAAACAAUAUGCAAAAUGUUAGAGGAGAUAAAAUAUAAAAUGUCCAUUUAAGUCAGUAAUUAUGAGAAACUGCCUUCCCAUGUAUUUAAUAUCCAGCUUUCCCCAGGUCUUGUAAAGCUUUUAGUUAAACAUUCAUUGACACCUCUUUAGGAGGUCUUACUUUGUAAGUAACCAUGACUAGGCUGAGAGCAUGCAGCUCCGUGGUAGCGUCCUCGCCUGGCAUCUGUGAAGUCCUGGGUUCAGUGCCAGCACUGGAAGAAACGAAACAAGAAACUUAGCACCACAAACACAAACACCGUCUAAGUCUAUAUAAAGUGGUGUACUGCUCCAGACCGAAACUUUUCUUCCAGAUGUGGAGCUCAGCAGAAGCACAGAGUGGCUGAGUGUGCACAGUAGAUCCGGCGGGUUCUGUUGGUGCAAUGUGGACGAUUGGUAGAAACCACUGGAACACCCACAGCAAGAUGGUUGUAGGAAGUACAAGCCACACAGUGAGCUUGAGAGAAGUGCCCAGCAAUGGCAAGGCACCUUCUCCUCCGCCUGUAAAUGUCCCUGUGACAAAAGUAUUGGAUAGCAAUGGGCAGGGAGCAGUCACAGGUGCACAGCCAUAGAAGGGAAAGCAGGCCAGACUUCCUAUGGCAGAGCACCUGCUUCCUGCCAGGGGUGGGGGUGGAGGGUGAGGGGGCAGUCUGAGCCAUCUUUUAGAGCCCUGUGGAAGAGAGGCUACUCCUGAACUUUACAGCUCUCACAACCACUUACAAAAGACCUCCACAACACUGUGUGGCCAUACAUGAACUGAUUCCCAAAAGACUCGCUGUGAGCUGUUCGGUUUGGACGUCUAAGAACAGCAGAGCCGGGCUUUCUGUUCAGCAUGAGACGGUUUGAGUAUGGAGCUCAGGAACACCCACUUCCAAGAAAGUGCUCCCUGGCCGACUCUGCCAGUGGUGGGCAGCGGAACCACAGCUGGGGACUUUGUUGAGGAGACACAGGUUCUCGCCAUUAAUUUGUCCAGCAAUAUCUGAAUCAGUUAUUUUAUGGUGACUGUUUUUUUCUAUUACUACAUUCUUAUGACUUUUGAUUGAUCAUCUAAGACAUUUUUGUUUUUAGAUUUAAUACUUACACCAGCUUUGUAAAUACUCUGUGUAAACACAGGCCUAUUCUAGAUGCUGCUGUAACUCAGAUGGUAAGGCGCUUGCCUAGGGUGUGGGAGGCCCUGGGUUCAGUGCCUGGCACCACCAGACAAAAAAAUUAAAAUUGGCUUCUAAAUAUGAGACUUUGUGUUAAAAAUGUACAUAGGAGUCACUUUUCGCUUCUCAAGUUGCUCCGCUGAGAGGCUGUAGGUGGGUAAGGAGGAACCUUCUUAUUUGUUCCUUCCCUCAGCUGCAGCAAGCCUGUGUGCACCUGCUCUCGGCAUGGCAGCCUCCUCCUGGCUUUGCUCGGCUCCCCACAGGCCGCCCUUGCAGCUCCAGUAAUGACUUAAUGUGCCAGCAUCCCAGGCUCCCACCGCUUGCAAGUUCUUAUGUGCCUGUUUUAUUGUCAGCACAAUAUUUAAUACAUAGAGGCAGAACUAUUGUCAGACUUUCCAGACACAUAAAUGCAAUGCCGAGUUUUCAACCCAGUAUACUGUUAGGUUCAAAAUAUUGUUUUGACACAUUGGUUAAAAUAUUUUUGUUUGCAGAUUAUUUAUAAUAAAUUGUUAGUCUUGUUUGUUUGUAUGAGAACUUUGAUUUUUUUAUUUUGACUUUUUAAAAAGUCUUAGGUAUUGUGCUUUUGCAAAAAAAAAAACAACCCCGUAAGAAAUAAAACCUUCAUUCAACAA